AUGGAGGGACCACCGGCGACCGAUGCCGACUGGUCCGAGCUGCCCGCUGACCUCCUCAACACCGUCCUCGGCGAGCUCGAGUUCCCGGACCUCUUCAGCUCCUCCGCCGCCGUCUGCACCACCUGGCGCGACACAGUCCGCGCCUUCCGCCACCUCGGCAUGUACAACCGUCCCCAAACCCCCUGCCUCCUCUACAUCGCCGCCGCCACCGGCACCCACACCGCCGAGCUAUUCAGCCUCGCUGAUAAGAAGACCUACAAGGCCCGUAUCCCCGACCCUCCCAUCGGGGAGCGAAACAUCGUCGGUUCGUCGCACGGGUGGCUCGUCACGGCCGAUGGCCGCUCCGAGCUCCACCUCCUCAACCCCGUGACCGGGGAGCAGAUCGCGCUCCCAUCCGUCGUCACCAUCGAGCAGGUAAGCCCCGUCUUCGACCGCGUCGGCAGCCUCGAAAGGUACGACCUUUCUUUCUACUACGACACUACCCGAACAGAGUACAAGACGCCGCAGCCAUAUGCUCUGGACGAGCUCCGCGGCAUAUUGUAUCGGAAGGUCGUAUUAUCCUGCGAUCCUUCGCAGGGUAAUUGCACCGUCAUGAUGAUUCACGAACCCUACAAUCAACUCUCAUUUGCGAGAGUUGGUGAUAAUAAGUGGCAUUGGAUAACCACUUCCUUCAGCAAUUACUCUGACUGCAUAUUCCAUGAUGGCGCGUUUUAUGCCAUGAAUCUCGUUGGUGAUAUCCAUCGCUAUACCAUUGGACGUCAUUGUGCUACACAAGACAUACUUUUCAAGGACACCUCGCCAUUCAUUGCACAUAAUUUGUACCUUUGCCGGAGUUCGUCUGGCAAUUUUCUGCAAAUCUUGAGGUACGGAACUAAGUUAGGCGAGGAGACUGAAGAGAUCCAUACAACUAGUGUUUUUAUACACAAGGUUGACUUUGACAAGGAAGGUACUGCGGAUGCGCAUGCCUUGGGGGAUGAUGCAUUGUUCAUCGGGCAUAAUUACACGUGUUGUUUUUCCACAAAGGAUUACCCAAGGUUAUUGCCCAACCAUGUUUAUUUCACUGACAAUGAUGAGUACUGCUGCGUACCGGAUUCAAAACUCAGUCGACGGGAUGUUGGGAUAUAUAAUUUGGAGGCUGAAUCUGUCAGUGAUGUAGUCUCCCCCCAAAAGUGGUUAAACUGGCCAGCUCCUGUAUGGAUCACUCCAAGUUUUAAUAAGAUUCACAAAUAGGCAUGUUUCU